AUGACGCCAUUUUGUUUAGUUGUCUCAGGAGGAUCCCAAGCGAAAGACAAUGACGACGCACUUCUUGAUGUGGUUCUGAUGUUCAAUGGAGGACCGCUCGGAGCUAAAAGGUAUAUAGAACGAAAGUUUUUAUUUAAUAUUUAUGUACCUGCAGUAAGUAGACAUUUUGCAUGUAUAAGGAGCCAGAUGAAGACCUUAUUCAUGAAUGUAGAAAUUGUGGGAACUACUGAGUAUUUUAUUUUUAAUAUAAUACUAGUAGACGUUUCGAUGGAUCUGAAAACACUUUUUUUCGAAACGUUUGGUCGUGAAUGUCGACGUUACUUUCUUCGAGCAGUAGCGCGCAAACAGACUGUAGACAGUUGUAUCAAAGAAAUAUAGAAAACAUUUUAAGACAUUAGCACUUUAAAAUACGCUCAGCCUCAGAACAAGUAUUUUUUAAGGUUUCUGUAGUGUUUACUAUAUUGUCACAUGAAGUAGUGGACUAGUGGAGAUUGGGGAAUCCAAGAUGGUGUUUUAGUAAAUGUACGUUUCCAGAGAAUUGUUUGUGUUUAAUCGAGUUCAAUCUGUUGUUUUAUUGGGACACGUACUACAAAUGGCGACGAGGAUUUACAUUUAAAAAUAUCGAGGACGUGUUUAAUUAAUAGGAAUUUUGAUAAAUUAGUAUUAUGGAAACGAAUCAAAAUUCGAAAAAAUAUUCAAGCAGGUGAAUCGAGUGGAGCCGUUGUUUUAAAUACGAAUGCGAAAGUAUUCGAAGUUGGUGGUUUUCUUGGUGCUUAUACCGCAAGGUAGAUCUAAAUACACUAUCAGUUCGCUGGAGAAGAUGGAAACGCGCUUUCAACCUGUAUACGGUGUCAAAAGGAGUUGCAAAUGAACAGCAAAAAGUUGGUUUGUUAUUACAUUCAAGAGGAAUGGAAUUACAAGAACUUUAUUGUACUUUAAAGCCAGAAAGUGAGGAUAACAAUCUUUAGUAAUGUUUGAAUGCUUUAGAUGCACAUUUUACACCUAAAGUAAAUGUACCUUUUGAGAGGCAUAUAUGUUUCGACAAAUGCAACAAAAAGAGAAUGAAACCAUGAUCAGUUUGUCUGUCGACUUCGACAAAAAUCUAUUUCAAUAAUGCAGAGACCCAAAGUUUCUUGAAAAGACAGGUACAGUAAAAGGAAAGUAUGGUGCCAAAUCUGAUGACCGCGCAUCUGAUGGAAAACAUAAAGAGGCUAGGAAAUGUUACCGAUGCAAUAUGAUAGGACACAUCGGACGAGAUAAGAGCUGUCCUGCAAUAAACAAAACAUGCAAAAGUGUGGAUUGGUGGAUCAUUUUGAGGUUUGUUACUAAAGCCCCAAAGAAACCCUCAAAUGGAAACGCCAAGAUGGAGCUUAAUAUCAAGUAG